AUGAAACAUAUCGGAUCAGACAACCUUGCGACUCCGAAACCGGACUUUAGUGUUCUCAAAUUGGAAGAGUCAGUCCUCGAGUCCACACGCCUUCAUCCCAAUCAGACCCCCAAAACGGUAGAGGAUGGCAGUGGAGUUCAAGACAGUGGAAUUGAAGUUUCUCGGUUCUCCUCAUCACCAACUGGGAUUUCUUCAAUUCGGAAGAGCUCUGAAUCAACAGAGGCUGUCAUACUGAAUGCUCCUUCCACGUCCAUGAUUGCUCGUGAUGUGAAGGUGCCAAUACCGAUUAAGCCUAAAAUUAUGGAGCCAACGGGUUCUGAAGCCUCUACAUCAGCAUCGCUAUCUACAUCCGCCUCAGCAUCAACUUCGAUGCCAAAUGCUUCGAUGGGGAAAAGACGUUCUGGCAAGAAAGAAUUCGACUGUUCCUACUGCGGAAAGGUGUUUGACAGACCGUCUCUCCUUCAACGACACAUCCUCACCCACACUGGAGAGCGUCCUUUUCUCUGCAAAUACUGUGGAAAGGGUUUUUCCACUCGCAGCGGUGUCAAUACGCAUGAAAGAAUACACACUGGAGACAAACCAUAUGUUUGUGCUCAUUGUGGACGUCGUUUCACUGCUGGUUCGAACUACACCUUUCACGUUUACAUACAUAACAAUACUCGACCCCACCGUUGCGAUGAGUGCGACAAGGCAUUUGUAACGCCAGGAGAUCUGAGGAGGCAUAAAUAUGUCCACUCGGGAGAUUGGCCAUUUACCUGCAGUGUUUGUGGCCGCGGUUUCGCAAUUGAACGCAGUCUCAACAACCAUAUGGCCAUUCAUUCUGGUGUGAAACCAUAUUCCUGUAACAUUUGUUCCAAGUCCUACACUCAGGAAAGCUCUUUGAAAACGCACAUGCGCAUCCACCAAAAAGAAUCAACGACACAAAUGAAUACACCAUCAACAAGUAACCAAGACAACCCUCCUCAGUCGUCCAGUUGCUCAAGUCAACAGCCCGUCCAACAACCAGCGGUUACUUCAACCGAAGUACCUGCACUAAAUGCUCCGAUCCAGAUGCCCAUUAUCCCUCCUCUAGGUUUUUUAACACAGUGGCUCGGCAUGCCACCAUCACUGACUGAACUCCAAUUAGACAACGCAAGACCAUCCUCUGACAGUGAAAACCAAGUGCAGGGCCUUCAACAACAGUUUCCCCAUAUGUAUACGCCUUUGGCGAAUGCAGUUUUGCCCACCAGUGAUCGUAGUGCCUUCGUAGAUCUGCGACAACAGCGGGCUCCUUUCAGUUCUGGUGAUCUGCUACGUCAUCCACCCCCCAAUCGCUCCGGCCAGCCCCACCAUCAGAAGCGGCAGAGGCGAAGACUUUCACCUUCACUACAAAUGCAACCUAUAGACCUCUCGAACAGGAGAAGUCGACGAUAG